GUGGGGAAUGGUACAUUUAACCGAGCAAAGCUCCUUAAUGUUGGUGUCCGGGAAGCCCUGAAGGAUGAAGACUGGGACUGCCUUCUCCUGCAUGAUGUGGACCUAGUACCUGAGAACGAUUAUAAUCUCUAUGUUUGUGAUGAAUACAAUCCCAAGCACAUGGCUAGUGCCAUGGAUAAGUUCCAGUACACUCUGCCAUAUAAAUCCUUUUUUGGGGGUGUAUCUGCUCUGACUCCAGAACAUUACAUGAAGAUAAAUGGGUUUCCAAACACAUACUGGGGCAGUGGUGGUGAAAAUGACGACAUUGCUACAAGCCCCAAGGGAAGGAAGGAAUCUGCAAGCUUGAUGAAUAAGAAAACCAAGAAGCAAAUGAAAGUAGUCCGGACAUCACCUCACCUUGGACGUUACAAAGUAAUGAACUACAAUGACAAGACAGAAACCCAAGAGCCUUGGAGAAGGCCUACUUCUGGACACAACACCAGAAAAACAUGGAAGGAUGAUGGAAUGAAUUCAUUAGAGUUCAAGCUCCUUUCCAGGAUAAAGCAUCCUCUUUAUACCAACAUCACUGUGGACAUUGGCUAUGUCCCCCCAUUUUUGUAA